AUGGCAUCCCAAACAUCGCACGAUUUCCCUCUCGCGACCGAAGAUUACUAUAACGGCGAUGGUGCGAGCGGUCAGGAGAACUCCGGGGCCGCAGAUCAUGCCGUUGACAGCGAGGCUGGUGCCUCUGGCGACAGCCCAGGUGCAAUCAGCAUCUCCGAAGAGGCCUUGAUCGCCAUCAUUGUUGUUGUUUCCAUCAUCGCCGCCCUCGGCAUCGGGAUGGCCGUUCUCUUCUAUGUCGCCAAAAAGCGCGAGUGGAAAAUCAGAGAAAACCUUCGCCGGUCGGCGCGCAAGGUUGUCACAGCUCUGACACCUCGUCGAACUGAGUUUCCCAAAGAGGUCAAGGAUUCCCUUGGCAGGUCCCGCCGCGGUCGGACAAAGCUUGAUGACGUACCGCCAACUCCUCGGCUUCGGCCCGAAGACCUGGAGAAGGGUUUGGCAAUAGAGUUGCAGUUGAAGGACAAGAAGAAGUGGGGAAGGAAAUAG